AAUCAAUGGGAGGAGGCGCUCUCUCCCAUAUUAAUGAAGUUAAUGGUGCUGCUCCGGUGACAGCCUGCUGCUGCAGACCAAUCAGAGAGCUCUAUGGUGGAGAGCCGCCUGUUAGUCGCGCUGCACGCAGGAUCUGUUUGAAGAACCAUGUCAGCUCCUCUUCUGAUCUAAACAUCUUUCGCUUUUGCUUCCUUUUACCUCCAGAAACACCUGCCAAAAACAUGCCCGCUGUGACUUUGUCCUGCGUGGACGUUUACCUUUCAAACAGCGCGUUGGAUUUAAGGGUGGAACUGCUCCAGAUCUCCUUUGCUUUCUGACAGAACCUGAUGAAAUCCUCCUGAGAGCGGCGGCUUUAUGAACUUGCGCAUUAACUAAAUGAUGUCUGUGGGUUUUAUGCCCGACAGUUUGAACGGCUCCGAUCCCUCCAAGUCGGCCUUCCUGGAGUUCGGCCACGGACACCCGGCUCACCAGCAGCACUCCGCGGGACUCUCACAUAUUUACCCCGUGCAUGGCCUCCACGUUUCCGGACAUUCUCAGCACGAAGCCCCCUUUCCUGGCAAUGCGUCUUACGGCCCCCCGCUGGGAUACUCGUACCCGGGUGCGAUGAACGCGCAUCCAUCAUCCGCCUACAUGUCCCCCUACCAGCACAGCAGCGGCGGCCUGAGCCACAGCAGAUUAGAGAGGACAGAUCCCAACAAGUCCGCGAUCAAUGAGAGCAGGGACAUCCGUCUGGUGAACGGAAAGGGGAAAAAGAUGCGGAAACCCCGAACCAUCUACUCCAGCCUGCAGCUCCAGGCUCUGCACCAGCGCUUUCAGCAGACCCAGUACCUGGCCCUCCCGGAGCGCGCAGACCUGGCAGCCAAACUGGGGCUCACGCAAACUCAGGUGAAAAUAUGGUUUCAGAAUAAACGCUCCAAGUACAAAAAGAUCAUGAAGCAUGGCGGAGGCUCAGAGGGGGAGCACAUCCACAGCUCCAACUCCAUCUCCCCUUGCUCUCCUUCCUUACCCCAGCUCUGGGAGGUCUCUAUGGCAACCAAAGGAACCCAGAUGCACCCGAACAAUUAUAUGAAUGGUUUUGGCCACUGGUACCCGAACCACCACCACCACCCUGACCAGGACGCAUUGCAGAGGCCGCAUCUAAUGUGAAUGGACAGCCAACGGUUGAUCGGCCAAUAUCAACCCACAGGACAGGAAAUGACUGAUAUCUCGUGGGGAUAAACUGCAUGGUUCCUCGUGCACGUGCUUUUUACUAAAUUCAGUUUUUGCUGCAACAUUCUAUGAUGCUCAACUGUUUUUGAAAGUCAUUGCAGCUCUUUCUGCAGGACAUCAGAUCACCUGAUUGUGGACUUUGUGUUUGCAGCUGAAAUAGACAAUCUGUAUAAAGGAAUUUUAGAGAAUGUAAUGUGUGGGUUGAUUCAUUUCACCUAAAACUACCUGCUGCGUAAGAGUUCAUCCUUUAAUAACUCAUCUAUUGCUCUUUUCUUGGACAAUCUUAAGCUCUAGAUCAUUUCAAUGCAAUAACUUCUGAAUGAUUUAUGAGUUUUAAAGUGUUAUGUGCUUGUAAGAGCAUCCAAAACCUUCUGGGUUAUUCCGAAUUAAUUAAUACUUGAAUGCAAAGUCAAAACUUAGGAUCAACCUUUUGAAUACAUAUUGGAUCAUCCUUUUCUGCUUUGCGAAACAUUUGAUUGCAGUUUUUA